CCACGUGGUAGCCAACUCACGUGAUCGACUCAAUCCUUGCGCAGAUCCUUCACCGCUUCCUGUACGCGUAAACAAGCAACGACGUGAUCGCAAAAAGUCUCUCCUUACCUUCAAACCCCAUUCAAAGAGCUACGACACGUGAAGAAGCUCGCGUCAUGUGUUGUUGACUCAUUCACGCUGCACCACAAAAGCGCACAUCGCCGUUAAGAGUUGGAGUUCCAACACCUUGCAUCCUCAAAACAAGACCCUGCAUAUUGAGCACUGCACGACAUCGCAUUAGGCAUCUGACCCUGUAUUCGCAAUACAGAUCCUAUCAAAUGUGCUGGCACAACUACACGCAACACUCCGGCUGCGGCCACAUCGGCGAAUGCUACGGCCACAAUAAAUUCCAACCCUGCGAUGCAGCCUGGCAAAGGCUCGCCGCACAACGCGGACCCAGCUCCCCGCCGCCUAUCCCACAGCACAUUACUUUUCCACUGGGCCCUCCGCCGAAGCCUGCGAGCAAAGGCUCCUUGAUUAAAAGGCCUUUCCGCAGUAUGAGCAACAGCGUGAAACGCUCGCCCACUACAGCAUCGACUACCUCUACCCGUAGUGCGUCCAAUCCUACGGAAAGCAUACCGCGAUCGUCGACAUCGAGUUUCUCCGCUACGGGAGGACUCGUCUGGGGCAUGUCGGACCACGAGUGGGAAAUGUACCAAUGUACGCCGUUGACAGAGAGAGUGAUUGUUAGUAGUGGGAAGAGCACCUUAUGUCCGGAAUGCAAGAAGUGGGUUGAUGAAAUGAGGGAUAUGCUUUUCAGACUUGAGAAGUCUAAUAGUGUUAUGGGGACGGCAGCUUUUCGGGAGUUCUUGAGGGACAGGGAGGAGCCACGGGCGAUAGCAAGGAAGUUAGGACAUGAGCGUGUUACGUGGAAUGGGGCGGGGUAAUAGUGCAGACUUUACCCAGUAAGCUUAAUGCUGGAACUGGACUCUUUACUAAAUGCAAGAGCUGGCGUCUUAAGCUUAUAAUGAUUUGGCUAUGUGCGCAGGCUUGAAAUGACA